UAUCAAAAGUCGAAUUAUUCUUAUCAAAUUUACUCAAUAAUGAGCAGAAAAGUGUACUUUUCAUGCUCCAGAACAAUUCAUGCACACUUUCGAUAUAGUGGCCCAUGUUGAAAUCAAAUCAGUUAUGUAUCAUUUUGUAGCUCUUUCUUUGCUCUAUCGAUUGGUAUGUAAAAGAGCUUGGCUUACACGUAAAAAUAUGUCAAAACAGCUCUAAUUAUUGUUCGGAUGUGAAGUACUGAAUAAUACUCCUGUGAAAGGACAGUAUUUUCCAUAAUUAAAUUUUUAAUGAAAGAAUAUUAGUUUUUAUAUGAAACGAUGCAGUAUUAAACGCUCUUUCUAACCAAUAUAGAUUGAGCUUGAAACAUUGUCUAAAAGUCGUAUAUUUUGAGCUAAUACUAGACAACUAUGAGCCCAAUGAAACUUCAAUACUUUUUUGCAGGUAUUCACCCUCAAAAUAGCUUAUAAUUCUCACAGCUUGACUUGAAAUUAUUACCAAAAGAAUCACCACAUUUUUCCACAUAGGAUAGGCGAUAAAGUGACUGAAAAUAUCCUAUGGGCCAAAUCGGCUUCUUAUGCGCCCCUGUCCUUUCCUAUAAAAUUAAUCUAGUUUGAAAAAUGUGAAGUUCUCAGGAAUUUAUAAGUCUUUUUUUCUCACGAAAUACAGAAUAAAUGUAUUUCUUUAAUAAAAUAGAAUUAGGUCAUCAAUUCUGAAACUUUAGUACUCUAAAAUUGGAAGCGAUAAAGUUUUAGAAAAAAUAUAAACAAUUGUUUUUCAAAAGGAAUAGUUUGCAUAAUUAGAAAUUUUAAAAAAUAUGUAAUUCAAUUUAUUUAAUGCAACAUUUUUUUCGAUAAGUAUAUGUGUUUACCUAUACAGUAAUAAUUAAAAUAUUUUAUGUAUACACCAUUUUACUGAUAUAUGCAUUUGUAAGGUUUCUAACAGACGACCCAUAUAUAAUUUCUGUUUCGUUCGAUAACUAGUGUGAUCACCUGUGGCUCAAUGGCACGUAUAUUUGAUUUAUAAUCGCUAGUUCAUUUGUUCUAAUCUCAUUUCUAUCAUUUCAGAAACAUCAAAAUUUAAACUUUCCGUUGGCCUAUAGUUAGGUAAAGAUAUCGUUAGGCAAUAUCGAUGGUGGCUCAGAUCAAAUCUUAUAUGGAUUGUAAUACAUUUUUGGAAUUUUAAAUGUCGAGUAUAACGCGUCUAAACGCGGCUUAAGUUUGAUUUGCCUCUGGGCUCGAUUUUAUCAGCAAUCGCGUCUGAACAAGAAUGAAUGUCGAACCGCGUCGAAACGCCAGAAAUGUUUCAUCUGAGCUGCGUCUAUACGCGUUCGACUGCUGCGAUUUAGACGCAAAGAAAACGCGAUUCAGACGCGUUUUGAUUCAAAAAAUAUUUGCAUGGGCAGAGCAUGAUAUGGAACAGUAGACCGUUUAAUAGAAAUGUUUCUCGAAUGAUAGUAAUUAUUUUAGUAAUCACUAAAAAAUCGGUCGAAUAUCAACUACCAUCAACAUGGGAGCAAUCGACAGGAAACCAAUUGCGAUUUGUAGUGUCAACCGACACAGACGAAUACAAAUCGGUUUUCUCUAAUUUUGAAUCCGCAAUGAAAGGAAAAUAUACUAAAAUAAUAAAAAUUGAACGCAUUCAAAAUGAGAGAUGGCUUAUGCAAUACUUGGCUCAUAGUCGAGGUUUCAAAAGAAGACUCAAUAUUGACACUGAAAAACGUUUAUAUCAUGGAUGUUCAGAAGAAGCAGCAAAUUCAAUUAUCGAGGACUGUUUUAAUAGAAGUUUUGCUGGAGCAAACGGUGAUUUUUGUUUAUUUCUCUUUAAAAAUUUCUUUUGAAUACUUUGCUAUUCUAGGAAUAGUUUAUGGUGCUGGCGUCUAUUUUUCAUCAAAUACAGCCUAUAGUCACAGUUAUACUAAACCAAAUGCCAAUGGAGAACGAUGCAUGUUUGUUUCACGUGUUCUGAUUGGGAAAACGACUAAGGGGAAUAGUUCGAUGAAAACACGACCUUUGGGCUUUGAUUCAACAACUGAUGGAAAUCAUAUUUUCGUAACUUAUCAUGAUGCACAAGCGAUCGCCGAAUACUUAAUAACUUAUAAAUAG